AUGAAGACGCGGUAACGAGAUGGUGUGUGCUGGGGAUGCGUUGAGGGCCUGGGUGCUGUCGGCGCUUGUAGUGCACGGGGCAGUUGCGGGUAACCCCGACGCCAAGCGUCUGUACGACGACCUGCUCAGCAAUUACAACAAGCUGGUACGUCCCGUUGUCAACACGUCCGAUGUCCUGAGGGUUUGCAUUAAGUUGAAGCUGUCCCAACUCAUUGAUGUGAACCUGAAGAACCAGAUCAUGACUACGAACCUGUGGGUGGAGCAGUCAUGGUACGAUUACAAGCUGCGGUGGGAACCCAAAGAGUACGGCGGGGUGCAUAUGCUCCACGUGCCAUCGGACCACAUCUGGAGGCCAGACAUCGUACUUUAUAACAACGCUGACGGCAACUUCGAGGUUACCCUGGCGACCAAGGCAACCAUCUACCACCAAGGACUGGUGGAAUGGAAGCCGCCGGCCAUUUACAAGUCGUCUUGUGAGAUAGACGUAGAGUAUUUCCCCUUUGACGAGCAAACCUGCGUUUUGAAAUUCGGUAGUUGGACCUAUGACGGCUUCAAGGUGGAUCUACGCCACAUGGAUGAGAAGGCGGGUUCAAACGUCGUGGAAGUAGGUGUGGACCUGUCCGAGUUCUACAUGUCCGUCGAAUGGGACAUCCUGGAGGUGCCUGCAGUCAGAAACGAGAAAUUCUAUACGUGCUGCGACGAACCGUACCUGGAUAUCACGUUCAACAUCACGAUGCGCCGCAAGACUCUCUUCUACACCGUGAACAUCAUCAUCCCCUGCAUGGGCAUCUCCUUUCUCACUGUACUCACCUUCUAUCUGCCGUCGGACAGCGGCGAGAAGGUGACGCUGUCGAUAUCAAUCCUCAUCAGUCUUCACGUGUUUUUUCUGCUGGUUGUGGAAAUCAUCCCACCCACAUCGCUUGUGGUACCAUUACUCGGAAAGUACCUCAUCUUCGCCAUGAUCCUCGUCUCCAUCAGCAUAUGUGUUACGGUGGUGGUACUCAACGUACACUUCAGGUCACCACAAACCCACAAGAUGGCGCCUUGGGUGAAGAGAGUUUUCAUACACAUUCUACCAAGACUGCUGGUCAUGCGGCGUCCUCAGAACCAAUUCGAACCUCACAGGUACAGCUCAGGACGAGUUCUAAUGCGUACAGUGCGAGGCAAGGAACUCACGCCCUGCUACUAUCCAUACCAGCCUACAGCUCAGCAGCCCAGUGACGAUGACCUCAAGACAUCUUGCCUGGGCAGUGGGCGAAUCUCCCGGCAGCGUUCUCCCACAAAAGAUGAUCUGUCCCCCUCCAGUUUGGUAGAUGGUGGCCCACUAAGUGGAAGCUGUCAAAUUCAUGGGCCUGCACUAGCGAUGCAGUCUGAGUCUACAGACGAACUGUCAGACAGCAACAAGAGUCCAGUGCUUCGAAACCCUGCUUUCUCACAUUCAGCUUGUCCACCUGAAGUACACAAGUCAUGCUUCUGUGUGCGCUUCAUUGCAGAGCAUACCAAGAUGCUGGAGGACUCCACCAAAGUGAAGGAGGAUUGGAAGUACGUAGCAAUGGUGCUAGAUCGAUUGUUUCUAUGGAUCUUCACACUAGCCGUCCUAGUGGGAACAGCUGGUAUCAUUCUACAGGCACCAACACUUUAUGAUGAUCGCGUUCCCAUCGAUAAGGGAUUCAGUGAACUUGCAACAGUUGUGCGUUGCCCACCUCAGUAGUCAUCUCUGUCAUAUUUUAUGCAAAGGUUGAGAAAAAUCUGUAAAAGCAACCAACAACUGACAAGUCCACUUUGCACACUGGGAUCAGGGAUCAGAAAUUGGUCAUGGCCUACAUAACUGCAUGUUUCUUUGGACAGAAUAAGAAUUGUAGAUGAAGAUAGAAUUUGAAAAAAUGUGAAAUCUUAUGAAGUUUGUUUAUUCUGAGAGUUAUUGAAAUAUUUAGAGAAGUUUAUUCAAACUAGUACAGAGUUUGGUAGAAUUCUCCAUGGAAUCUGUGUUGAAAAGUUCUUAACAAUACACAUAUUUCCACAAGCUGGGAUUAUUUGUUACUUUUGACAUAAAAUUUAUGGAGGCCUGCAUGACGGAAGAAAUAGAUAUAAGCCAGGAAAGGAAUAGGAGAGUUAUUAUCAUUGGCAUAUUUCAUGGUAAUAUUCCAGAGAAGUAUGAUGGAAAUUGCGGCAAAACCAUUUUUGUAACAGCAUUUUCUAAGGUUUAGAGAGGACCUGCAACAUGACUAUGAGACAGUCCAUGGCUGAGUUCUCUUACUGAAUUACAUUGGUGACCUGUGGUGGAAACUGACAAUUUUAUAUUCAUAUUAUUUCAUUGAAAUAAGUCAAUAAAUUAUUUAUUAAAUUCUUCAUGCUGACAAAGUUGAUUCUCAGUAAGACUUUCCUAGUAUGGAAGCAUAAUACAUUUCAGAUCAAAAUGAGAUACAGGUCAUCAGCCUCUUCCUCCUCCUCAAUGAAUUGACACAAACCUCUAGCAGUUUUUUAACAAGAAUCUUUAUCUUUAUUUUUUAUAUAACAAUAUUAAUGUGAUCAUACAACUACUGUGUACUAUAUUAGAGGGAUAACACUAAUAUUAGUAUUUCCAUUACAAUAGACUGUGAUUCUGUAAUUCUUUCUAGUGAGUUACAAAACUUUUAAUUUUACAUGCAGAAUAAUUUCAUGACACCUAUACUGGGAUGGCUAGCUUUGUGAUUGAACUUCAGUUACUUUUAAAAGGAUAAAUGCAUUGUCUCAUAUGGAAUUAUCUCACACACAGUGACCAGUCUAGUAUUCAGUGGACAGAAAGUUUGUUGUUGGUUUGCAUUGCUUUGAAGUUGCCACAAGAGGACUACUAUCCUAUUCUGAAAACGCACAAGACAGCCAAAAAUGUGCCAAUAAAUCUGUGACCAUUUCAAUCCUGGAUAGGGUUGCAAACUUCCAGAAUAUGAACUGUUUAAAAUUCUUUAAUAAUGUGAUUUAUAACAGUGAAUGUCAUGUUAAUAUGUCUCUUCUGAGUGACUGACUGGUUCUAGAACCGAUGUAUUGCAGAGCAACCACAUUUCCCAUAAACAAUGGGAUUUUCCUUUCUUUUCUUCCAAAGCAAGUUCUUUGGUACUGACUAAUAUUAAUAAUGGGGUGUCAGAAGGCAAGCUUUCAAACGCACUUUCCUAAAAUAUGUCUAAGACUUUUCUGACAUUUAGAAAAGAUUGCACAUCUCAUGGGUUUUUACUUCCAAUGGUGCCACCCACAAAAAAUAAAAUUUUCUUUUCUCAAACUGUGCUGUUAUGUAAUUACAUUUCUUGUAUAAAGUGGUAGUGAAAGAAUUUCGUUGUUAUUCAUUUGGAUAUAAGUUUCAAGUUAUGUUUCAGUAAUAAUGGUAUAUUUCCCUUUUUACAUUAUCAGCUCCCUUCUUGUUCAAAUAAAUGGAUUCCCUUUGUUACAAUAGCUUCUUGUUUAAUUAAUAUAAGGUACUUUAAAAAGCUGUCAACUGUUUAGUCAUUCUGUAUUACUGUGUUGUUAGAAAAUGGCUAAUGAUAGUUUUAUAAAUUGUGCAACUUACAAAAAUGCUUAGAAACAAAGAAUGAUGAAUUCUUUUUGAUAUGUUUAAUUACAUGGGUCUUGAAAGUAUAAACCUAAGAAGAGCACAUGCUAUGAAAGCAGGUGGAAUUUUUUAAGCCCCCAGGUAUUUUGAGGCUUCUGUUUGUAUAGAAGAGAUGAUGUCCUGCAAUAAAUUAUUCAAGUGUGUUACAUGUUCCACAUCAUCAUGUGAAAAAAAUCGGUCACCACAGGCUGACAGUAAGGUUAGAAAAGACAGUUUUGGAAAGCAGUUACAUAUUUAUUACCUCUGUGCAGAACUUGUAGUUCAUAAUGUACUUGGGUAAUUACAUUACCUGUUAUAUGUUAUAGUUCUGUUGCCAUAAACAGAGUAAUCUUUUCUAAAUGUCAGAGGAGCUACAGUAGAUUUGCAAUAUCCAUCAAACAUACACUGAAAGUGUCACUACAAAUAAAUUUUGUAUUAUACAUGAAGUCUCAUUAAUAUUGAUUUGAAUUAAUGAAUCACAAUAAAUGGGACGACACUAACCAUCACUUUACAUGACGGCCUCAAUAAGUUUUUAAAUAAAAAUAUCGUAAAAUUGUCAUGGUUAAAAUUGAAGCCUAUAAUAUGAGUGAUAUUUUAUCUUAUAUAAACUUUAAUCAUCUAUCUUACUGAGUAUACUUCCAGAAUAAAUACCCAAAGGGUUAACUCUGAGCUUCCUUAUACACAGGUAUAUAAAACCCCUGCUUGUGAAACUUCUUCCUACCAAGUUUAUUUCAAUUCAGUUUUGUUUCUUUUUCUGUUGGAGUAAAGACAUUGGGGCACAUACGCAAGAUGUCUUCAGUAACCUCAUAAGCAGAGCAUUCUAGUCAUAUCAGUUGUUCUGAAUUCAAAACUGAUAUAUUUAAUUUAUAAUAUCUGACACAAAAUAUGACAAACAGCAUUUCAAGUUAGGCAGUUGAUUUAUCAGUCUGCUGUACAUCAGGAUUUCAUCAUACUUAUCUGUCGUUCAUAUAUGGGUGACCAUUCUUCUCUUCACUUUCAAAAUGUUAUCUUAUAUUUUUUGAACUACUAACAGUAUGCAGUGUUUUUGAUAAAAAAAGUAACAACAAAAAUCUCUUAAAUUAAUGGUUGGACACAGAAAAUCUGCCCCAGAUAAGCUGUUUGUACAUCAUAAAUUCUGAAUACAAUAAGUCCUAAACUUGACUGCCCUGUUUUACAUGUGUGUUGUUUCUGGAUAAUACUAAAACUCCAUAACUUUGAGAAAAAUAAAAAUUGGUGAUAAUGUUGCUGAUUCGGUUUACAAGAGAAUAUUACAGUGGCAUUUCCACAUAUUCAAGCCUACAUUAAAACUGGCCUAGCAGAUAAUAUUAAUAAACUUCAAGGCACUGCCAGUCUCUUUUCAGUGACUACAAAACUUCAAACUAAGAAAUUAUAAUUAAUCUUUCUUUAUUUAAGUCUGGUAGAUGGUACCUACCUACCAGGCUAAUGUCAUAAUCCAGAAAACCAGAAUAUGGAACAGACACUUCCAGACUUCAAUAUUCUACAUCUGUGAAUUCCAUUCAACCUGUCAUUUCUGGGUUAUUUUGUUUUCACUGUAUUUGCUUUAGGGAUAUUAUUCUAUCAUAAUUUAUAAUAUUUGGUAAUUAUGAGGAAAUGUAAGUACAGCAAUACCUUGCAUAGUCCAGCUUCGAUCAGUCCGGAUUCACUAUAGUCCAGUUUGAAAAUUUCAAAACAAACUAAAUUUUAAUUCAGCAAUAUAAAAAUAAAUUCUAAAAAAUUAGUA